AUGCGGACUCAGAAAAGAAAGCCGGCAACUGCAAGAGAUCGAAACCCGCAUCUUGAGAGCGGCAUUGGAGACCAAACAAGACCAUAUGUUUUCUAUGCUGACCAAAUGUGCGUUCAAAGAACAGUGUUGUCAACGCUUGGUGCUGGACGUUCUUUGGAGGAGAGUCGUGGACUGUUCAUAGAGCACCUCCGCAAAGCGCGCCUUGAUGAAGAUUGUGUCGUCGAAUCCUUCGAUGUCACUUCGCUCUACGCCAACAUCUCCACCGAUGCUGCACUGCAAGCAACAUUAGAGCUGGUUUUCGAACACCAGGGCUCUGAAGAAGGCGACGACGCCGAAACGUUAGACAGAAUAAAGAUCAACAGCAAUCUUAGUUCUACUUAA